AUGGCAGUGGGGGCCACCACGGUGGUGGUCAUCACCACCGAGGGACUAACAACUCCUCUGGAAGUCCCACGGCGACGACGGCUGCAGCUCUCUUCAGCGAUAAACCCCACCUCCUCUUCCUCCUCCUCCUCCUCCUCUUCUUCCUCCUCAUCUAGCUCUGUGAUCACUGCCACCACCCUUGCCAACAACUCCGCUGAAACAGCAGCAGCAUCAGCAGCAGCAGCAAACGUAGUGCUGCCACUCCCACCAAUAGCAGCAGCAGCAGCACCGUCUUACCCACCGAGCACCUCGCAGCCGUCUUCCAGUGGUGGUAGCCAACACAAGCAGUCUUCCUCUAAGCACUCCAGUGGCAAAAGCGGCGGCAGUAGCAGCAGCAAGAAUGGGGGCGGAAGUUCUCAUCGAGAGAAGAAGGAAAAGGGCGGAAAGGGCGGUGAGAAACAGCAGCAGCAGCAGCAGCAGCAGCAGCAGCAUGGCUUGUCCACGACGACGACGACCACGAAUGCCUCCUCGUUGAAGUUGGUGGACAAGAACAUUGCGGAGAAGCGCAGCGUCGGCACCUCAACCAGCAUCGCCACGCUCACCGAGCCGGACUGCCUGGGGCCCUGUGAGCCGGGGACCAGCGUCACGCUGGAGGGCAUCGUCUGGCAGGAGACGGAAGGAGGCGUGCUCGUGGUGAACGUCACCUGGCGCGGCAAGACGUACGUGGGCACGCUGCUCGACUGUACGAAGCACGACUGGGCGCCGCCGCGCUUCUGCGAGUCGCCCACCAGUGAUAUGGAGUCCAAGUCGGGGAAGAGCAGCCGCGGAAAGCGGGCUCGCAGCGGCGCCUCCGCUGGUGGUGGCUCUGGCGGUGGUGCCGGUGCUGGCGGCGGCGGCAGUGGCCUCGGUGGCCUGGGCGGCGGCGGCAGCUUCGGCGACAGCUCCCUGCUGACCGGCAUUGACACGCGAUCGGUGACCACCAGCAAGCUGCGCAACGGCAAGGGCCGGCGGACGGCCAACUCGGGCUACGUGCCGGCGGUCAGUCCGGCGAAGGGUGGUGGCCUGCAGGAAUCGUCCUCCUCUGGAGGAGGACUGCAGCUCAACAGCGCAGGCUUCACCGGCUUUGGACAACUGGGCAACAGCCUGAACAACUCGGUUGGAAACAGCAGCAACAGCAACAGCAAACGAAAGGGCCGGCCCGGUGACCUCGAUCUGUCCUCAAUGGACGGCGGCGGCGGCAGUGGCGAGUGCUCGAAGCGAGGUCGCACCUCCAGCUCCGGUGACGGUGGCCACUCGGCCUGUUCGCCGGUGCUGAUCGAGUGUCCGGAGCCGAACUGCUCGAAGAAGUACAAGCACAUGAACGGCCUGAAGUACCACCAGUCGCACGCCCACUUUGGCAGCGCCUUCACCGUCAUCAACGACUCGCAGGAGAGCAGCAGCAGCAGCAGGGCCUCGGCGGCCACCACCGAGGCCUCCUCCUCCUCCACGGUGGGCGAAAAGGAGGAUUCCGCCGGAAGCCUGCCGCUGCUUCUCUCGGAGGACGCCGACUCGCUGAUGGCGGACAUGGUCGAUGUGGGCGCUGCUGCUGCUUCGUCUUCUGCUUCAGGUGGAGUGGUCGAUGGAGGCAAGGCUCUCAACUCCUUAGAUUCUGCUAGCAGCGCUCUGGGAGAGAGCACCGAUGGAGUCACUCAACCACCACCACCUCCUCCUGGGCCGCUGUACUCGGAUGCUCAGAAGCAGCAGCAGCAGCAGUUGCAACAACAGCAGCAACGGUCCUUUCUGGAGACUAUGAAUCAGUUUGGACCGGGAAGUUCAAUCGAAAAGUCUUUUGAGCAGCAGCAGCAGUCAAAACCAUCAAGGCAGCAUGAGAAGCAGGGAAGUUCCUCUUCAAGUUCCUCAAAGAACAAUCACCACCACCAUCAGCAGCAACAACAACAACACUCCCAUCACUCGCCGCAUACAAAGAACAUGGGCAAACAAGAACAGGAUAAUCGAGGUGGCGGAAGUAACAGCAGCAACAACAACAACAACAACAACAGCUCCAGCAAAAGCUCAAGCAGCAGCAGCGGCAGCAACAGUGCAGCAGAUGAAGGCGUGAAGCCGACCAUGGAAACGACCGGUCCGCCGCCGCCUACGAACGGCUACUACUACAAUCCCGCCUACCUGCCGCCGCACACUUUCCCCGGUCAUCACGCCCAUCCUCAUGCGCAUCCUCUGGCGACGCACUAUGACCUUCUCCGCGCCAUG